AUGUCAGGGAGGUCUCCAAGACAGUUUUUCUGGGACUACCGCCACUUCCGCGUCUGUGUGUGGGCAUUUCUUGUGUUCGCUGGGAACUGCUGUCUGGGCCGCAGCAACUGGAUCUCUGACCAGUCCACCACGGUCAUCCAGGGAAGACCGGAAGUCCCCCCACAAGGAUUUGGGGGAAUAUCUCUAGUGAGUAUUAGUUCCAGUGAAGAUGAUACGUCACUCGAGGAUCGGGAAACUGACAGGCCUGUCCGCUCAACUCCGGACGAUGCGCCUGGUCUGGAUAACCCCCAGCUGCAAGGACGCAGAGCAAGAUGGAAUGUGCAGCAGUUCACAAGUGAACUGCUAAUUGUUAAGGAGACAGACCAGCCUAUUGUCUUGCACUACGCUGCGUACUCAGAAUGCGAAGACGUGCUCCAAGAAUUUCGAAGAGACUUCGACGUCAACAGAAGGCAGAUUGCUGCACUCUUCGAUGCCAUCAAAAGCGAAGAAUAUCUUAGGGAACAAAGAUGCCUGAAGAGUAUUGUCCGCCCUUCAGCAGCAUUAUUUCUCAACCCUCCAGAGUUUUCAAUUGUUAAGUCUUCGGUAGAUCUCCAUUUUGGGCAAAGAUGCCUGAAGAGUAUUGUCCGCCCCUCAGCAGCAUUAUUUCUCAACCCUCCAGAGUUUUCAAUUGUUAAGUCUUCGGUAGAUCUCCAUUUUGGAGCGCUCUGGAUGUGGGACAAAGUGGCGCGAGUCCUUCUCCAGGACCCUGAGGUUCCCAACAUUACGAAGCGCUUCUGGUCAGGAAUACCUCCCCCUGUAGAAGUAGGUGACAUCGUCAGAGUGCUGGAGACAGGUUCCACCAUUGUGCAGCGUGGCGAGUACCAAGUCGUUGGUGUACAAGGAGAUGAAUACAUCGUGGAGAAGGACGGGGAGAGAACAAACGUUCCGCGAGACCGUCUGCUCCUCACAAUAAAAGAAAAAUACAGAUUAAUAACUGACAAAGUGUUAAGAAACGAGCUCAGAAAUUUGAGUGAUGAGGAUCCUAGUCUUUUGGAAGAUAUGGAGGAGAUAUUCGAGUUGGCCGGGGUCAGAGACGCCUUCCAGAAAACUUUAGAGACAGGCGACCCUCGUUAUUUGCAGGCUGCCAUGAAAACCUCCGACUAUUUUCAUUCCAUGAGACAACUGCCUGGCAUCAAAGCGAGCCCGCUUCAGGAGCCCGGAAAGGAACGGCGUAAGCCGGAUCCAGCGGAGAUGAGCAAUAUAUACACCUCAGACUCCGCAGUAAAAGGUGCAAUUUCCGCUUCUGUGCUUACAACAGGACAGUUGGCACCUGGGUACUUGGGCGAAUGCGACGCACGUUGCAUGAGUGGUGUCAUGAAAAGAAACUUCUGGUUCGACUCGCGGCUUAUAAAAAGAAAAUCUAUUGCAAAGGAUUACAUCCUUGCAGGAGAUGUUGCUCGCUUGUCAAACUUUUCGGCUGCUGAUGCACUCCCCUACUUAGACCUAUUGGGGGGACAGGUGUGGCGACUAGCUCGCAUUGUCAGCUCAGAAGCAAUCCCCAGAGACCUUGGAGAAGAGGCAGAAGAGCUUUCGUGUGUGGCGGACUUCUUAACAAAGGACGCCGUGGAGCCCGUACAAGGAGCCCACAGGAUGACCGGACUCGGGCUACCACACCUCCAACUGUUGGCGCUGAGUGUGGCAACGGAUCUCCGGCACCAUGCAAGCAUCGCAGGAGCUAACUUGCAGAACAGCAAAAAAUUGCGCAAGCUAGCCAAGGGAUCCACGGCUUUUUCUGCUUUCUUUAGGCUACUUUCUUGUCAUGUUGCAGAUGACACUGAAGCGCUUUGCAAGAUCUUCGGACCUUUCGCCUCGCUGGCUAUUCGCAUAGCUUUAUUCCUGCGAGUUGAAGUUGAAGAACACGCAAACAAGGGAUGGAAGGAGGCCGUAUCCGUUUUUUCCGGCAGGCUAUUUGAACGAAAACUGUAUAAAAAGGCUGUGCAGCAAAUGACCGCAAAUGCUAGGAAAUUCAUUGAAAGGUUCAUGGGAGGCUUUGGUCACAAAACAACAGGAAAGAUCGAAAAGGUCAAGAAAAGGAUCCGACGUAUUUUUAAAAGGAGAUCCAGAGAAAAAGUUUCAGAGAAUACAGUGCACCACAAGGUUGGCCAUGACUUCGCCAAGCUUAUCCUCGCCAUGUGGGCGAAUGGCAGCCAGCACCAUAUAGACCUUCCGCCCAGCAAAGUUGAGGAAGCUUUCCGCCGGGCUAGACAGUACCAGACACUUACGAUCUUUAACCAUGGUAUGGACCCGAUGACAACGAUAACGAAGGAUAUCAAGGCUGGUUGUAAAGAUACCAGCGUGGUGAGGCAUAAGUACUGGUCUUUACUCGACAAAGACAAAACGAAAAUAUCCAAAAUUGCAGAUGAACUAGGGCUAGGCCUAGUCUACGGAUUUGCCACCGGCAAGACGUAUUCCCAGCUUUCAGAAUCUGGUCGCGAACUAGCUGAUGCUUGCAAGGGAAAAUCGAAAUUGGACUUGCUUUCUCAAGGAACAAAGUACCGUGGAAUGAUGGAGCUCCACCAAUGCAUGAAGCUUCGAGGUCUAGGAGUGAGGUUUCUACGGGUCGCACUAAAGAAUGUGAAAACUCCAACAGCAGAUGUUACAGGAAUUCUUUUCAGCUUUCUUAAGAAAAUCCUGGCAAUCCGUAAAGAGGACGCAAAGGGUCUGUACAAAGCUUACCUCCAAUGGGAGGAGCAAAACCACAUGCUGGCUGAGGCUGGCAAACUAAAGGAACGGGACGCCACAGCUGAAGAUCCUGCCUCUCUUGAACUCCAAUCUUGUCGCGCGAACGCCAAUGACGUACUGGAUUUGCAACAGACCCAGGCAGACGUCCUUCCUGGAGAUGUAAUCUUCUCUACCCUGCUGUAA